CGGUGGUUUACCGUUCCACAGAGAAAGCGUCUUUUAUGUGUCGGACACAAUAAUGGCUGCUGCUACCGGACCGCUCUGCUCUUCUCCCCACGCUCCAGUCGACAUAGGACGGUCACCGACGUGUCAGUCGUCGUCUUGAAGCCGCCGUUACCUCCGUUCCUUCCCUGACCUGGCUGCUUACCCAUAAUGCAUUGCCAGAGGAUUUUGUGUGUCUCAGACAGACCAACGUAACCAACGUAACCAUUCCUGCUGCCACUUCACCGCCCAGUCCGCAUCAUAGAAACCCAACAGGAAGUUCCUCUCCUGGUUGAUCUUGUUCAUUGUCUUACUGAAAUCAUGUCUGGCUCCGGAGACUUACCGGCCAUAGAGGGUUCUGGGAUGGGCGGGAUGAAGCUUCCCAUCGGGAUGACCCGGCGAGCCCUUAGCUACGACGAUAACUUGGAGGCCCCCAUGUCCACGCCCCCCCAUGACAUCAGCAUCAACAACCUGUGGAGACGACCAAUCAUACCGGAGAGGAAGUUCACUCACCUGGCUGAGGAAGAUGAGAGUGGAGCUGUGAGCCAGCCUACAGUGUUUGACAGCGCCCCUAGCAGAUCACCAAGUGUAGUGAAAACCAAAGCCUCCUCCGUCAUCAUGAAUUCUCUCAUCACCAAGCAAACUCAGGAUAGCGUGUACAAGUUUGAGCAGAGGGCGGGGCUUACCGACGCCAGCUACACGCCCCACAAAGGCCUUACCGCCGAGGAGACAAGACACCACCACCGCAUUCCUGAAUCCCUCCAUAAACUGCAGAUCCAAAGCAUGGAGGCCAGAGAAGAGCGGCAGAACUCCUCCGCCCAGUCCACUCCAUCCAACACUCCACACAGCUCCCCAAAACAACAGCGCAGGGGCUGGUUCAGUAGUACAGGUUCAGAGGUCAGCCUUAGCUCCUCCAACAGCAGUGUGGACAUGGGAGAUGCACCAGCAGGGGGAAUGGGAGGUGCGGUCGAACGGUGGAGCGUGUUUGGGCCUCGGCCACUCGUCCAGAAGUCGACCUCUGACCUGGGAUCAGACUCUACCCCAGCAGCAGGCUUUGCGCUGCAGGCAUACCGCGGUGCCCAGAAGCCGACCCCCAUGGAGGUAAUGAAGUCACAGGCCACGCGUCUUGCAGAGAACCCUGCCGCUCAGGCGGCGGCCCCUCCCAAAAUGGAGAUCCCGACAGUGGAGGGUCGACGUCAGGGAGCGCGACCACACAAGCUCAAACCCAGAGACAUGAACAUCCUGACACCCUCUGGCUUCUAAGAAGACACAUGACAUCAAAGCUGCACGUUACUCGGAGGCUGAAGGUCCCAUGAAAUAAAAACUUCUCUCACACACACUGUCACACACACUGCAUGUGUUAAAGGUCCAUCUCAUUCAUUUUUAAGUCAGAAUCUCGUUCAUAUGUGAGCAUUUCUUGCUCCUGGGUUAUAUUUCCGUCUAAUAAUGUGAUCGUAGAAUUUGGGGGCAAGUUCUAUGAUCAUCUGUUUAUUACAACUUGGGUCUAUUUUUUAUAGUUUUGUACAUUGUCACCGUUCUCAUUCAUGUGCAGAUCAAUAACACGAACAUCUGCAAUAGGUCAUAAACAGAAGCCCAAGUUGGAUAAACUUAUUUAGAGGAGAGAAUAAAGUCAAACACCCAAAACUACCCAAAUUUUUAAAAAAACCCUCACAUCUUCCAGACAGACUUCCUGCUUCCUUCUGUUAUUAAUGGUUAAUGAAGGACUAUUACUAAUACAUUUCAGGUGUGCUAGCUUUCAGUUUUUUUAGCAAAUGAAGUGGAUUAGCUAAUCUGGCUAAAUUGUAGUCUUGUUUACAAUCUGUAUGGUCCUCUGAUCCUUUAUUCGUGGGCUUACUUUGUGUCAUCAUGUUCCCACAUCUCAAAUUACUCCACUGGUUAAAACCAUAAAAAUAAGACCAAAGCUGUGUUGUGGAAUUAUACUUUUAAGCUAACUGUCGUAAGCAGCAAAUGCACAGGUUUGAAGCAUCAUCAGUUAUUUCUACAUUUCUCUACUCUCUGGCCUUUGUGCUGUUACAUUUUCCUCAUUCAUGUCUUUCCACAGUAACUCCUCAGUCUGUUUUGGAGUCGAGCAGCUAUUCUCAACAUUCAUUUUGUCAUCAUUUUCACGUCAAAGAAAAAAAACAUGUGAUCAUAAAGUCAUUUCAUGGGGCCUUUUUAACAGCAACUCCAACAUUCAGAUAACCACUCUACUGUCCACCGUCUUCACCAUUUAAACAAUUGUGCAUAAAAAGAAAUCUUUUCCAUCUGUGACGAUUUUGAGGCAUUUACUAUGUUACUUGGCUGCUAAAUCACAUGCCAAUCCUUCACCCUAUUAACUGUUACAUCUAGCUGCAGCAUGCUGACAUGAACACAGGCUCAAAUCAACAAACUGAGGAUGAAUGGGUCCAGCUGAUGAUGGUGAUCCUUGUUUGAAAUGAUUCCAUGUAAAUGCACUUUAAUCCCCCAUUCUUCCUGCCACAGACACGAGCUCUAUUAUCUGUCCUGCAGGAUGCAAAAUAAUGCAAGAAAACUUCCUCUGCUUUAGCGUUUGUCACUUCACGCCUUUCUCUAAAAAAAAAAAUAGUCUUUUUAAAAGGGGCAUUUCACUAAGCAGGGUGGGAAGAAUAUACCUAUUAAUCCCUUAAGUAUAGUUAAUAUACAAAUCAAGCCAAUAGAACAUAAAAAUCCAUUUAAAAAAAAUGUGUCUCAGGAAAUUUUGGAAAAUUGGCAGGCUCCUGCUCACUGAAACGUUCCACUAUUUGUUUUGUGUUACUUUUUUUCUCGAUGUUUAACAUAUAGA